GUUGCAACUUUCAUGGCGGAUGAGGAGACUUUGCAGAUUGAACCUUAAAUUUCAUCUCAGAAUUCAUUCCUUCACCUGCUGCUGCUUCGUCGAACCUUUUGUCAUCUGAUCGUGCAGAAUAAGGCUAGCAGCCAUCGAAGGACUCUGCUCUCAAAUUCAUUGUAUCCGAUUGAAUGCGAAUUUCACAAUGACUACUCUUCGUCAUCCACCUUCAAUCGCUCUACGGUUGUUUCUCUGGUUCUGCGCGAUCGCCGCUAGCAGUAUCAACACAGCUCCGUUCGCCGCGGAUAUUUCAAUUAACUGCGGCUCCACCGGCAAAUCCACGGCAGUCAACGGCAAGGAAUGGCUGGGAGACUUACAACCGAAAUCUCCAUCUGUUUUUCAAAUCGGAGGUUCGUCAAGCAUCGUCCACACGAAGAAAUCGAUUUCUGGUACGAACUUUGUAAUUCCUUACAAAACCGCGAGAAUCUCUCGUUCUCAAUUCUCCUACACCUUCCGAGCGAGUCCAGGUCAGAAAAUUAUCCGCCUCCAUUUCAAUCCGGUGCCGUACAAGAGUUUCGAGGACUUGUUCAGCGUCGAAGUCGGUAAUUUCACGCUUCUGAGCAACUUCAGCGCUUCCCUCACUGCUCAAGCUCUAGGUACGAAUUCAUUUGUUAAGGAAUUCUGUCUGCACUUUCCGCAAGACGAACCGUGGAAGAUUAUCUUCUCUCCUGCAAUCAGUAGCAGUAGCAGUACGCCAUUGUUGAGCAAGUGUGCGUUCAUAAAUGGAAUUGAGAUUAUCACAGUACCGGCAGGACUUUCUUAUUUUCACGGCGAUGAUACCGGAGUCCGAGUUGUCCGUCGGGAAUCUCAGGUGAAUGUUGAUUACAAUACUGCACUUGAAGUAGUCCAUCGAUUGUAUGCUAGGGAGCAGCAGCAGCAGCAGAUGGAUCCACAAACUACAAAUUCUGAUCAUGUGUUUCCAAACAAGGUAGAAGAACACAAUGCGUGGAGACUACCUGUGGACGUGGGAUUUCAGUAUAUGGUCAGGCUUCAUUUCUCGAAGCUGGGGCUCAACAUUGUGGGCUCUGAUCAUUUGGUGUUUGAACUUCUCAUUAAUGGAAAGAUUGCCCAUUCUAAUGUGGAUAUUGGCAAGGGAAAGAAAGGGAAUGACAGUACCUGGUUUGUGGACUUCCUGGUGGCCAUGAGAGGCCAAAAACAGCAGAUUAAACGUGAUCUUCUGAUCUCCCUGCAUUUGUAUGACGACAUUGUUGAUGGAAGUGCACUUCUUGCUGGGUUUGAAGUACUGAAGUUGAGCAACCAUGAUAACAGUCUUGCCGGUCCGAAUCCCUUGCUGCCGACUACUCAUCAGCAUACGCCGAUGCAGCUGCAUUUCAAGGCUUUGAUCUCGGCUCUUGGUCGUCGAUUCGUGCCUCUAAAUCUUUCGAUGAUCAUGCUUACUUUGGUAAAUGUCAUUAUACAUAAGUUGCAGGGGGUUUGGGAAGUUACCAUUCCUAAGGAGGAAGACAAGCCAUCAGCCAGGGCUCGAAAGGUCUGCCGUGUUUUUUCAUUUGGCGAGAUCCGAGUAGCCACUAGAAAUUUCAGCGCCGCGCUCUUGAUAGGAAGGGGUGGAUUUGGUAAGGUCUACAAAGGCAUGAUUGACGACGGGCAAACUCCAGUUGCUGUAAAAAGGUUAAAACCAAACUCCACGCAAGGUGCGCGCGAGUUUUUGACUGAGAUCGAGACACUUUCUGAGCUUCGGCAUUGCAAUCUGGUUUCCUUAAUCGGGUACUGCAACGGAGGUAGAGAAAUGAUUCUGGUUUACGACUACAUGGCCAGUGGGACGCUAGCAGAUCAUCUGUAUAAACUUCAAGAGGAAAGCAACUACGUACCUCUAUCGUGGAAGCAACGCCUUAAUAUCUGCAUAGGGGCUGCUCGUGGGCUCGACUAUCUUCACACAGGUCAUGGAAUUAUACACCGUGAUGUAAAGGCUUCGAACAUCCUUCUUGACAAGAAUUUCGUGGCAAAAGUUUCGGAUUUCGGCCUGGCCAGGCAUGAAGAAAGGAACAAGUUAGAAAGCCAUGUAAGCACAAGAGUUAAGGGUACAAAAGGGUACUUUGAUCCACAUUAUGUCAACACUAACAAGCUCACAAGGAAAAGUGAUACCUAUGCCUUUGGGGUGGUGCUGUUUGAAGUACUGUGUGGGAGACCUGCGGUGGAUUUAAAUCUUCUAGAAGAAGAGCAGAUUUUGACAAAGUGGGCUCGAGACAACGUUAAGAAGGGGAGCAUUGAUCAGAUUGUGUCCCCAAGUCUAUGGGAUGAGGUCUCUGGAGACUGUCUUAAAGCAUUCUUGGCGAUCGCUGGCAGAUGUUUGCACGACGAACCGAAGAAACGGCCAACAAUGGCACAGGUGGUACUGCAACUUCAGUCCGUGCUUGAGAAACUUGAGAAACAGGAUAGCUCGAAUGCCCGUACUUUUGAUAAUAGCGUCGAUGAUCUCCCAAUUGACAAGGGGAAAUUAGCGUUAUUUACGGAUAUGCUACCUCCUGAAAUAAAACAGAAAAAUGUCAAUGUGAUUGGUCCUGAAACUGCAUCUAGGAGAGGAGAUGGUAAGAAAGAUCGGGAGCAGAAGCCACUACGGUUCUGGCCCCGGGAGAAGUGGAGACGACGCCCCAAUCUGAGGAAGGAAGUUGUCAUCUUUAAGGACAUUGGGAUUCGAUUGACAUAUGAGAAUGUGGUAAGAGGUACCGGGAAUUUCAGUGCAACCAGCUGCAUUGGUGAGGGUCGCACCGGGACAACAUACAAAGCUGAGAUUACUCCCGGUGUCCAUGUUGUCGUAAAACGGUUAACAGCUGGACUUUUCCAAGGUGUCGAAAAAUUCGACACAGAAAUCAAAACCCUCGGGCGUCUUCGUCAUCCCAACCUCGUGACAUUGCUUGGAUAUCAUAUCUCUGGACCUGAAAGAUUUCUUAUAUAUAAUUAUCUACCAGGGGGCAACCUUAAAGAGUUUAUAAAGGAAAGAUUCAGUAAACCUGUCGAUUGGAGGAUAAUCUUCAAGAUUGCCCUGAAUAUUGCACAAGCAAUUUACUACCUGCACUGUACGUGUGUGCCGCAAAUUAUUCAUUGCAAUGUCAAGACGAGCAGAAUAUUACUGGACAGGGAUUACAAUGCAUACCUCUCUGGUUUCGGACUAGCCAGGGUUCUCGAGGCUUCACAGACUUACGAUGCGUAUGUUGCUCCAGAAUAUGCAAUGAUAGGCAGUGUUUCUGAGAAAACUGAUGUUUAUAGCUACGGGAUUGUGUUGCUCGAGUUGAUCUACGACAAGAAAACUCUGGGGGCAUCAUUUUCGUUGGAAAGUAGGUUCAGAAUUGUAGCUUGGGCAUGCACACUCUUGCGGGAAGGUUGUGCCGAGGAGUUCUUUGUUCCUUGGUUGUGGGAUGUAGGCCCUCGAGAUGAUUUGGUCGACUUAUUACACUUGGCUAUUGAAUGCACGGCAGAUUCUCUUUCUAUAAGGCCGUCAAUGGAGGAGGUAGUCGAACGACUAAAACUUCCAUUGUUGGCGAUACCGAAAGGCAGAGAGUGA